UCGAUCGAUCGACUCAUGCGGCGUUCUUACGAUAACAACCCGCUCUGGAAACUCAGAUUGACAAGAUAGCACAUCCUUCAACCUAAUCCUCAUCCUGACGUUCUGGGUUUCAUAGCGAACAGGAUUGAUCCCAGCAUCAUGUCGGGUUCUUCACUACUUUUUUCCUCAACUAUCGAUCAAUUGACGAGUACACUUCCGGAGCCCCUACGCAAACCACGAGUUGGUAUCGUGUGUGGAUCUGGUCUGAGCACUUUGGCAGACAGCUUGCGUGAUGUCGUCAAGGUUCCUUAUGACGACUUGGAGGGAUUUGGAAACAGUACAGUUGAGGGACAUAAGAGUGCACUUGCCUUCGGACUGAUUGGUCCAGGCGAAGGUAUUCCCGUAGUAGCCAUGCUCGGACGGUUUCAUACCUAUGAAGGCCAUAAACUGUCUACUGUUGUAUAUCCGAUUCGUGUUCUAGCCAAGCUUGGCGUCAAGAACCUUAUCAUCACAAAUGCAUCUGGUGGUUUGAACCCCAAACUUGCCGUUGGUACCAUUGUGGUUGUCCAGGACCAUUUAGCUCUACCAAACCUUACCGGCUACCUUAAUCCACUCUUCGGUCCUCUACUCUCACCCGAAUACCCUCGCUUCCUUCCGCUCUCUGAUGCCUACUCGGUCAGACUACGACGUCUCGCUUUCCUCGCCGCCAAUGAACUCCAGCUUCCAGAUGAUGCUCUCGCAGAAGGAGUCUAUGCAUGGGUGUCUGGACCUACAUACGAAACUCCCGCAGAGGGUCGAUUCCUUCGCUCGAUUGGUGCUGACGUUGUCGGUAUGAGUACCGUCCCAGAAGCAGUCGCUGCGAGGGAAGAGGGUAUGGAGGUUAUGGUGCUGAGUCUUGUCACGAAUCCGGUGAUCAUUCCGGCGACAUACAGGAGUAUCAAAGAGGAGGUCAAGGCAGAGCUUGCGGGAAAGCCCUUAGAUCAAGCUCCCCUGGAGACUGUGUCGCAUGACGAGGUGCUCGUUGUUGGUAAACAGAAAGCUGAAGUCAUGAAGAACCUUGUGGCUAAGAUUAUCGAGACCAUACCUAGAGAUUAGAGGAUUCCCAAACAGUGUAUAGAAUGUAUGACUAAACGUUCGAACGUCGAUGUGUUGCAUUCUUUCAG